AUGCAAGCUGCAACGCCUCCGCUUGUACUGCAGCGAACUGCUGUGGGGUUCACAUCCAUGUGGGCAUGGACUGCAGUGACGCAGCAACUGUUGGGGGGGCACUACUGGAAUGCAGAAGCCUACACUACUGAUCCUUGGUUAACCGUCAGGUACAGCGCCGAGAACGUGCCAGCUGUUGCGAGUGGAGUUGUGGUGGCAACUGGCUACGACACCGCCAACAUCAACAAACGUGCGAUGGUGAUCCAUGACUUCAAUGGUGGCCGCAUCGCUUGUGCACCAAUCCAGAUGCCGGUGAGCAGUGCUAUUGUUGCGAGCUGGAGCCCAUAUCCGGGAACAACCUACUCUGGAACCGUGGAUGGUGUCAUGUCUGUCAUCAGCUCGGAAGAUGCUAUGGGCACGCAGACGCUUUCGUGGAGUCUGACUGGGCUAGACCAGAAUUGUUCCAUGACCUGCACGGCGACCAACUGCUGUGGCGUGCACAUUCACGUUGGCACGGACUGCAGUGAUGCAACGACGAUUGGAGGUCAUUAUUGGGAUAGCAGCGACUAUAACACCGACCCUUGGUUGGUAAUCAUGUACAACUCCAGCAGCAGUGGCGGUGCUUUGGCCACUGAUGUGGCUGUGGCCACCGGGUUAAGUGCUGCAGAUGUUCUGGGGCGAGCCAUGGUGAUUCAUGACUUCACCGGAGCGCGCAUCGCCUGUGGCAUCAUCGGCCUGGCCAACGUGCCAAGCUUUAGCCCCUAUCCCACCUACACUGGCAGCUUGAUGACAGCAGGAAACAUGGCCGUGACCUCCUUGGAGGGCGUCCAAACACUGUCGUGGAUUCUCACUGCCGGUCUCGACACCCACUGUACGGGCACCUGCUCAGCCACGAACUGCUGUGGCGUGCACAUCCAUGCCGGCACAGAUUGCACUGAUGCCAGCACGGUGGGUGGCCACUACUACGACUCCAAUGCUCUAGCUUCGGAUCCAUGGUUGACCAUCACGUACGAUGCGAGCGAAAUGCCAUCGGUCAAGAAGGAUGUCAUGGUGACGACAGGCUUGAACACGGCUGAC